GUAAACUCCUCCUACAUCACUAUUAGCAUGGGCAGGCUGAACAUUGCUCCUCUGCACAGAACGCGUGGGAGGCGCGGUGCAGGGAGAUGUCUAGAGUGAUGACAGACUCUGAGAGAUCAUCAGACAAAAAGGGAACUUUGGAAUGGGAGAAAGUAUCUAACAGUGGCACACAGAAGUCCAGAGUGUAUUCCAGAUCAGAGAGUCAGGGCAUCUUCAGUCGAGAAGACCGGGAUGACCUGGUGCGCUCCUCCAGCCACACCCCAGCUAACAAAGCCCAGAUACUGGCCAUGCCACAGUUCGGCCUGCGCGACAACCUUAUCAAGUGUGAGCUGCUAAAGAAUGACAAUCUUUACACUUACCUGGAGGACUUCAGCUUUUUUCUUGGCACAUACAAUGUGAAUGGGCAAACCCCAAAGGAAAGCCUCCAUCCUUGGCUGAGCUGCACUCUCAACCCUCCUGACAUCUACUGCGUGGGUUUUCAGGAGCUUGAUCUCAGCAAAGAGGCUUUUUUCUUCAAUGACACCCCCAAAGAGCUGGAGUGGACGAAGGCUGUAUCCGAGGCCUUGCAUCCAGAUGCGAAGUAUGCCUUAGUGAAGUUGGUUCGUCUGGUGGGCAUCAUGCUGAUCUUCUAUGUGAAGAAGGAGCAUGCAGAGUUCAUCUCUGAUGUGGAGGCUGAGACUGUGGGCACUGGCAUCAUGGGAAGGAUGGGAAACAAGGGUGCUGUGGCAAUCCGGUUUCGCUUCCACAACUCUGAUAUCUGCGUGGUCAACUCUCACCUAGCUGCCCACAUUGAAGAAUAUGAGAGACGUAAUCAAGACUACAAGGACAUUUGCAGUCGUCUCCAGUUUCGCCAACUUGACUCUACCCAGCCUCCACUCACUAUCAUGAAGCACGAUGUAAUUUUAUGGAUUGGGGACCUAAACUACAGGAUCACUGACCUUGAAGUUGACAAUGUGAAGGAGCUAAUCAGCAAGAAGGACUUUGAAACGCUGCACAAUUAUGAUCAGCUCAAGAGGCAGAUCGAUGAGGAGGCUGUGUUUGUUGGCUUUGUGGAGGGAGAGAUUGAUUUCCAGCCCACAUACAAAUAUGACACUGGCUCUGACAAGUGGGAUACAAGUGAAAAAUGCCGUGUGCCUGCGUGGUGUGACCGUAUCCUAUGGAGAGGGAAGAACAUCAAGCAGCAGCAUUAUCAGAGUCACAUGGCUCUGAAGACCAGUGACCACAAACCAGUCAGUUCCCUGCUUGUCACUGGGAUCAAGAGAGUAAAUACUGAGGCCUAUAAGAAGACCUUUGAAGAGAUAGUACGCAACAUAGACAAAAUGGAGAAUGAGUGUAUUCCAUCUGUAACCUUGGCCAAGAGAGAGUUCCACUUUCAGGAUGUGAAAUUCAUGCAGCACCAGGCGGAGACAUUGAGCAUCAUCAAUGACGGGCAGGUCCCGUGUCAGUUUGAGUUUAUCCAGAAGCCGAAUGAGCCCACGUACUGCAAGCCCUGGCUCACAGCCAACCCCCCCAAAGGCUUUAUCGCUCAGGGUGCUUCUGUAGACAUUGAUCUUGAGGUUUUUGUAAACCGCUCAACGGCGCCUGAACUUAACUCGGGCAAGGAGCAGAUUGAAGACAUCCUGGUGCUCCACCUGGAGCGUGGCAAGGACUACUUCAUUUCUGUGACAGGAAACUACCUCCCCAGCUGCUACGGCACCUCCAUCCAUUCAUUGUGUCAGCUGAGGGAGCCCAUUAGGGACAUGCCCCAAGGGACCCUACGUGAAUUGGUUAGUGAUCCCAUGUGCAGAUCGGGGACAGUGUCCUUGAAAUACCUCUUCUCCAGUCAGGGUUGUGUCACAGGCCACAGCAUGGCGGAGAAGUCUGGAGAUGAGAAUGCAGCAAAGAGUGAAAAGCCCCUAGACAUUCCUAAAGAACUGUGGAUGAUGGUGGAUCACUUGUUCCGCAAUGCAAUCAAACAGGAAGACAUAUUUCAGCAACCUGGGCUUCGGAGUGAAUUUGCAGAAAUAAGGGAUUGCCUUGACACUGGCAUGCCGGAUUCUCUUCCUGGUAGUAACCACUCAGUAGCAGAAGCCUUACUUCUGUUUCUAGAUGCCCUCCCAGAGCCUGUGGUUCCCUUCUCCUUUUACCAGCAGUGCCUAGAAAGCUGCUCCAACGCCAGUCAGUGUGAGAAAGUUAUUUCCAUGCUACCUCAGUGCCAUCAAAAUGUGUUCAACUAUUUAGCUGCUUUUCUCCGAGAGCUUUUGAAGAAUUCUGCUAGCAAUCGAUUAGAUGUCAACAUUUUGGCAACUAUUUUUGCCUCCUUGCUCCUGAAGUCACCCAUGAAGCAGGAUCUUGCAGAAAAGAGGAAGACUCAAGAGUUUUUUCAGCACUUCCUGACCCAAGGGUCCUCCUAGAUGGAGG